AUGCAUCCGCGGGUCCCCAGGGAGCUGGUGGGUGUAGUUGCUAAGCCUCUCUCCGUCAUAUUUGAGAAGUCGUGGCGGUCCGGUGAAGUUCCCUCUGACUGGAAGAGGGGAAACGGCAACGACCCCCCCAUAUUUGCUCGGGGGCCUUGGCUCUGUCAUCCAGCAUCCCUCCGCCCCUGGGGCAAAGGCGCAGGAGGAGGGACCUGUCACCCCCGGCACUGCCGAAACGUCCCUUCCUCUGCCAGCAGCUCGGGGACUGCCGAGGCCAUGCAGCCCUCCCGGUGGAUCGCAGCCUGGCUGCUCCUUCUCCAGGCCUGCACCCCAGGAUGCUCACAACAGGCCGUGUCCCCCAGGACCGACGUUCGGGACUGCUCUGUGGACCCACCGUACCUGCCCCCCACGGCCACCAACACCACGGCGCGGCUCGCCGCUCUGCGGGAUGCCAUGCGCGCCCACAGCAUCCACGCCUACAUCGUGCCCUCCACGGAUGCCCACAUGAGCGAGUACAUCGCCGAGCGGGAUUCCCGUCUGGGCUGGCUGACCGGCUUCACCGGCUCUGCGGGCACCGUCGUGGUGACACAGGACAGGGCGGCCCUGUGGACCGACAGCCGCUACUGGACGCAGGCAGAGCGGCAGCUGGACUGCAACUGGGAGCUGCAGAGGACAAGUCAGUGCGGGCAGGGCGGGGGGCUGGGGGGGUCCCCGCUCCUGGGCCCCCACCACCCGUCUCUCUCUCUUGCAGCAUGGAUCAAGUACAUCGGGCAGUGGAUCCUGGAGUCGGUUCCUGCAGGGGGCAAUGUCAGCCUGGACCCGUUCCUCUUCUCCAUCGACACCUGGAACAGCUACAGCCAGGCUCUACAGGGCUCUGGCAGGGCCUUGCUGCCCAUGGAGACCAACCUCGUGGACCAAGUGUGGGGCGACCAGAGACCCCCUCCGGCCUCCAGCGAGAUCUACAGCCUCCCGGCAGAGUUCACGGGUACGCCUGCCCCCACCCACACCCCCUGGCCUCGGGGCGGGGGGUACAAGCUGAGCCGCUGGCUCACCCCCCCCCUCCCAGGGAGCAGCUGGCAGGAGAAGGUGGCCGGGAUCCGGCAGCAGAUGGAGGAGCACACCCGGAGCCCCACGGCCGUGCUGCUCUCGGGGCUGGAGGAGACCGCCUGGCUCUUCAACCUCCGUGGAGAUGACAUCCCCUACAACCCUGUCUUCUACUCCUACACACUCCUGACCAGCACCAACAUAAGCCUGUUCGUGGACGAGGCGCGCCUGACGGCAGAGGCACGGCAGUCCCUGCGGGCUGACUGCCCCGGGCCGCUCUGCGUGGAGCUGCGGAACUACAGCCAGGCACGUGCCCACCUCCAGCGCUACGCCCAGGGCAACGUCACGGUCUGGCUCGGCACCGAGUACACCACCUACGGCCUCUACAGCGUCGUUCCCCAGGAGAAGCUGCUGGAGGACAGCUACUCCCCGGUGAUGCUGGCCAAGGCUGUGAAGAACGAGAAGGAGCAGGAGCUGUUGCGAGCUGCUCACGUUCGGGACGCGGUGGCUGUCAUCCAGUACCUGCUGUGGUUGGAGAAGAUGGUGCCGCAGGGGCAGGUGGACGAGUUUUUGGGUGCCCGCCACAUCGAUGCCCUCCGACGGGCCCAGCAGCACAGCCACGGGCCCAGCUUCGAGUCCAUCUCUGCCAGCGGGCUCAACGCGGCACUCGCCCACUACAGCCCAUCCAACACCAGCAGACGGAAGCUGUCGGUGGAUGAGAUGUACCUGUCGGACACCGGCGGGCAGUACCUGGAUGGCACCACAGACAUCACACGGACCAUGCACUGGGGCACCCCGACCCCACUCCAGAAGGAAGCCUACACCCGCGUGCUGAUGGGCAACAUUGACCUCUCCCGCCUCGUCUUCCCGCCCAACACGGCCGGGAGAAACGUGGAGUCCUUCGCCCGCCGGGCGCUCUGGGAUGUGGGGCUCAACUACGGCCACGGGACCGGCCACGGCAUCGGCAACUUCCUCUCGGUCCAUGAGUGGCCCGUGGGUUUCCAGUCCAACAACGUGCCGCUGACUGCGGGCAUGUUCACGUCCAUCGAGCCCGGCUACUACCGGGAUGGAGAGUUCGGGAUCCGCAUCGAGGACAUCGCGCUCGUGGUGGAGGCGCAGACCAAGCACCCGACCGGGGAGGAGCCCUUCCUGACCUUCGAGGUGGUGUCGCUGGUGCCCUACGACCGCAACCUCAUCGACGUCAGCCUCCUGUCGCAGGAGCAGAUAAAGUACCUGAACGCCCACUAUGAGACCAUCCGGGCACGUGUGGGGCCGGAGCUGCAGCGGCAGCAGCUGGAGGAGGAGUACCGCUGGCUGCAGAGGAACACCGAGCCCUUCCCGCUGGCCAGCACCAGCACCACCGCCGCCGCCACGCUGGGCACGCUGGCCAUCAGCUCGCUCGUCUCCGUGCUGCUCGCUGAGCUGCAGGCCUGAUCCUGACUCCUCCCCCUGCCGAGGCAGCUUCUUCUCACCACCGCUCACUUCCUCGUUUUGCCUUUUUUUUUUUUUUUUAUUUUCAUCCUUGCAAUUAAACAGUGUCAACACCG